AUGGUUGUCGCGACCAUAAAAUGUGUCGUCGUCGGUGACGGUGCUGUUGGCAAGACCUGUCUGCUCAUUUCCUACACCACUAAUAAGUUCCCAUCGGAAUACGUUCCAACCGUCUUUGACAACUAUGCUGUCACUGUCAUGAUUGGUGAUGAGCCAUACACACUUGGCUUGUUUGAUACUGCUGGACAAGAGGAUUACGAUCGCCUGAGACCCUUGUCGUAUCCCCAAACCGACGUCUUUCUCGUCUGUUUCUCGGUUACUUCCCCGGCCAGCUUCGAGAACGUCAAGGAAAAAUGGAUUCCUGAAGUCCGACACCAUUGUCCUGGAAUCCCAUGCUUGAUCGUUGGUACGCAGGUCGACUUGCGAGAUGACCCCGGUGUCAUCGAUAAGCUGAAUCGCCAAAAGAUGAAACCCAUUCAGACAGCCGACGGUGAAAGGUUGGCGAAAGACUUGCAAGCUGUCAAGUAUGUCGAGUGCUCAGCUCUCACUCAAAAGAACCUCAAGAAUGUCUUUGAUGAGGCGAUUGUCGCAGCUUUGGAGCCUCCCAAGCAGGGGGACAAGAGGAAGUCCAAAUGCGUCUUGUUAUAA